GUUUUCCUGGGGGCUGCGGGCGCUGGGAGCGGGCCCGGGCCUAGGUCUGGGCUUGGCCUCCGAAAAGUCUCGGGCCGCCAGUAUUCAGGCUCUUUCCUGCGAAGUCAUUUAGUUGAAGGAAAGCUGCCCACUUGCACUUUGGGAACUGGAGAGCUGCUCCCAGGGAUGGCUAAGCUGAACUAGGACUGGCCUGAACAUUCCCUGUUUGAUGUUUCCUCAUCCCUGACCUGGGCCUUAGAGCAGCUUUUUCAUUUUGAGAGCUGAUGAAAGUAACACAGAGUCGGGCAGACAAAAUUUGUGUCUGUGCUGUAUUUACACUGCUGAAGGUACUUGCCUCACAGAGUAAUCCCUGCCUGCACGGAGGACUAGGUUAACACCUCUGGAUGUAGCGGUGCUUCUAACAGUGAUGUAUGCCUUCCAUAUGUCUGGAACUCCUCUGGAUGUCACAUGUGCCACUGUGGCCAUGGAACAGUCUUGUGUCCAAAGAAAUGCAUUCUGAAAGAUAACUACUGCUUACUGAACUGAACUGCAACGAUCUCAUGCUUUGGAGAUGAAGAUGAUAAACCCAAGGAAAUAAUCCAGCUGCUCCCGUUGUGGCAACUGAAAUAUCCUUUGUGCCAAAAUGAACAGUCUUUGAGAAAAAUCUAGAAAGCUGUAAAAUCUGAAAAAUGGGAGAAAGAGUAAGGAGCCCAGAUUCUGAACACGAGAGGAAAUCAGAUGAGGAUAAAAAUAGCGACUCCUAUUAUUCAGAUGAAGGUAACGCAUCUCAUUCAUCCAGCCAGUCGCCAGCACUAAGCUCUCCAUCUACAAGCCAAGAAAAGAGACAUCACAAAACACAGGCUUCAAACAGCCUUGUGCACUACCAAGCCACAAAGAAGUUGGAUUCCAAAUAUGCACCAAGCAAGAGAGGGACGCGGUGGGGUUUCCGUUCUCAGAGCCUCACUAGGGAUUCUCCUGCAAAAGAUAUAGAUCUUGUUACAAAAAGAGUUCUUUCUGCGAGGCUGCUGAAAAUCAAUGAGCUCCGAAAUGAACUGACUGAACUCCACAUCAAACUAGAUGAGCUGCAGAAGGAAAACAGGGCUCUGAAGAGGCUUCAGCACAGGCAGGAGAAAGCCCUGAAUAAGUUCGAAGAUACAGAAAACGAAAUCUCUCAGCUCCUUGCUCGGCACAACAAUGAGAUUAGAAUAUUAAGGGAGCGCCUGCGAAAAUCUCAGGAGAGAGAACGUGCAACUGAGAGACGGUUGAAAGAUUCGGAAGAUGAACUGUACAGAACAAAAACUGUCUUGCAGAAACUGAAAAAGCUGUCUGCAGAUAAGCACCUUGCCGAAAGAGAUGACCUGGCAAAGAAACUAGCCAAUGCAGAGAGCAGGCUAGAGGACAGGGAAAAAAGAGUUAAGGAUCUGGAAAGAAAUCUUGAGUUAAGUGGUAGCAGUUUUCAACGAGAGUUACAUUCAAAGAAAAAAAAGCUAUAUGAGGCUCAAGAAGAAAACAGAGUUCUCCAAGAAGAGCUUCAUCAGCUAAAUCAGAAGCUGAAGGAAAAAGAAAGAGAACUUGAAGCAAAAAAUAUAUAUGCUAAUCGUAUGUUGAAGCUAUCACCAAGAAAAGACAUGGAUAUUGUACAAAGAAAAAGAGCCAACAACCAAAAUAUUAAAAAAGGACCACACCUCACAAAAGGUGUACAAACCAGUGGAUACUUCUCACCACCAGAACUUCUUCCGGAAUCAGAACUUGUCUGUGGUGACACAGUAAACAAGAAAGAAGGAAUUCUUCCUAAAAUAGAAAAAGAAACUCGAGACAAAGGGUGGAAAGAGCAGACAGACCUCCUAAGACAAGACCAAAACAAGGAAAGGGAAGAGAAACUGAAAUAUUUUCAGGAAAUGCAGGCUUUAGAGGAGAGAGUUUCAAAACUUCAUGACGAGUGGGAAAGGAAAGAAUAUGACAAAAUGAAAAAAGAAAGCAACUUUUUAUUGGUUAAAGAAGAGAAAAUGAAGAUGGAGGCAGAAAUCCACAAACCUGAAGUAGAGAGUGAAAGCCCUGAAAUGUUGGAAGAGCGGCGAAAAAGAGAGUUCCUGCUUGCUAAAAUGCAAGAAAUUGAUAGAGAAAUUCAAAGUACAGCAAACAUGAAACCAACUUCCCAAGCACCACUCAUAAAUACAGCAAGAAAAUCUGAUUCCCUGGAGAAGAAGGAAAAAACUAAUCCAUUCUUUGAGGUUCCAGGGAAGGUUACUAAUGGAUUUUCUGUAAAGGACAGCCAGGACGAUGCCACAAGAGCUCAAGGGCAGAAGCAACAAAAUGUAAGGACUGUAGAUUUAAGUUGUGAGUUAACAUUUGGUAGUUAUGUACCUUCCUUUGGGAAAGGAUCAGGGAGACCAAGUUGGCUUACUCAAAAAAGUGACAAAUUAGAAGAAAAUGUUAAGGAAGAUGCAGAUUUCGAUAGUAAGAAAGAAAAGAAGUCCAAUUUAAUGGAACAACUCUUUGGAAGCAGUGCCAGUACCGUUGUUCUCUCUAAAAAUAACAAUACACCACCUUUUGAUGUAGAUUGGGAUUCUAGUAAUACUCCUUUUGCUGAUAAAAACAGUAAACUCAAAGUAAAAGAAGACAAUGAGCUUUUUGGUGAAGGAAGAAACCUAAACAGACACCGUUUGCAAUACACUACAAGCAAGCCAGGAGUCAAGACCCUUGGUUCUUUAGAAGAUGAAAUCGAAGAAGUAAUCUUACAGUGAUCAUAUUUUAUAUGUUUCAUAUGUAAAUACUGAAAAACUAUUUUCAUGUAAUAUUUAUUAGAUACAGAUUUGAAAGAUGUCAGAUAUAUUGUAAAGCCUUAUGAAGGAAUAAUUUGCAUAAAUGGGUAUAUGUAUAGAGGAGAGGUGCAGUGCUUGUUUGGUUUUUUUUUACCUGAAGGCUGCUCACAAUACACUGCUUUUCAAUUGGAGUACUUCUUUUAGGCCUCAGAUAUUUUCUUUCUCACACAUUUGGAGAGCCACUUAACUGUGCCAGGAGAAGGCAUGUGUAAUAUCAGUCAUGAAAUGGAUAGAAGAGACAUCCCUAGCACAAAUUCUCUUAGAAAGAGAAUAUUUUACGCUGCUGUCAUGUUAUCUCAUAACAUCAACAGAAGCACAAUUAACUCAGGAACAGCCAAUUUCUCUUUUGUGUAGGUUUUCUGUGGACCUUACUACCAAAUGUGUCUAAGUCUUCUCAUUUAUACAGAUUAUAUUUGUUAUACAAUACCAUUUUUUGUAAUUUCUGAAUUUUAUAUGUAAAAUUCCAAUCAUUACUAAGUAAUUUUUUAACAAAAUGGUUUUAUUAA